AUGGCCGACGACGACAGAACACCGCCUCCCAAUGGCUACAAGACGUGGGGAGAGUUCUGCGCAUCGGACCCGACCAACCUCAUCUGCGUCAACGUCGAUAGCAACUACGAGUACAAGCCUAGCCUGGCGGCCAACUCGCUGUUCGCGGCGCUGCUCGGCCUGUCCAUGCUCGGCUUCAUCGUCACGUACGCCGUGACGCGCCGCGGCACCGCCUUCACCGUCGCCUUCGUCCUCGGCACCCUCACCGAGGUCAUCGGCUACGCAGGCCGCAUCAUCAGCCACGGCAACGUGUGGGACCAGAACGGCUUCCUCAUCCAGAUCAUUUGUCUUACUAUCGCUCCCGCCUUUCUGGCCGCCGGCAUCUACCUCUGCCUCCGUCGCAUCGUCUACGUCUUUGGCGCCGAGAACUCGCGCAUCUCCCCCGCCAUGUACACCCGCUUCUUCAUCCCCUGCGACGUCAUCUCGCUCGUGCUGCAGGCGGCCGGCGGCGCGCUGGCGUCCAUCGCCGACAACGACCAGCGGGACCUGCUCAACGCGGGCAACAACAUCAUGAUCGCGGGCCUGUCGUUCCAAGUCUUCACGUUGCUCGUCUUCAUCGUCGUGUCGGUCGACUUUGGGCUCAACGUGAUGCGGCGGCACCGGAAGCUGGGCGAAGCCUCGCUCGACCAGAGCGAGAUGGCCGUGCGCCUCCGCGGCGCCUGGACGUUCCGCGCCGUGCUGGCCGCGCUGGCCCUCGCCACCAUCGCCAUCUUCUGGCGCUCCGUGUUUCGCGUCGCCGAGCUCAGCGGCGGCUGGGACGGCCCGCUGAUGGGCCGCGAGGACCUGUUCAUCGGGUUUGAAGGUGUCAUGAUCGUUGUCGCAUGUUUUGCGCUCAACGUCUUCCACCCCAGCGUCUUCGCCCGCGACAUCAUGGCCCCCGGCUUCGGCAACCUCACCAAGACGGGCGCCAAGCCCGGCCACCAAAAGGUCGAGAGCUACGACCGCGCAUACCUCUCCCCCGGCAGCAGCGACACCGAGGCACUACCCAUGGGCAACGUGGCGACCCAGGCCCCCGCGGGCUAUGCGUCGUCUCAUCGCGCUUGA